AUGAUUGCACAAUUAUGUAAAACAUUAAGCAACACCCCAUUUGUGAAAAACAGUGAAAUUAGCUAUAACUUAAAAAUUAACUUGAGGUUAAUUAUUAUAAGACAAGCUUACGAAACUUGUAAAAAAUGGUCAACUAAAUCUCCAGAUGACCCUAUACUAUUGCGUGGAUUUUGGUUGUUUAUGGGAAGAAACAACAGCGACCAUUUUAGAAUAAUAAAAUACUUCACUGAAAAAAAUGUAUUUGAAGGUCUGGAUUACAAUCAUUUUAGGACUCUUUUUAAAAAAAUAUGCAUCGAACGUGACGUUGACGUCAAGGUCUGGGCAGUAUCUAGGAUAGAUAAAGCGACAAAAAGGACAAUACUAGAGACAGAACGUUUGAAACCAGAACAAACUGAUGAUGGUGCUUCUAGUUGUAAUGAUGAGUCGGACGAAGAAGAAAAAGAGAGAAUUCGUUCGAUUCUAAAAGACUCGUUCGAUGAUUGUAGAAGAUGGUUGCAUGGAGACAGUAAGGAACCUCUAGCUGAUAAUAUUGGAUUGAGUGGCUUUUGUUGUUACAUGGAUUUAAGCAGAAAUGAUACAAUAUUAAAUGAUUUUUUUGAAAAUAAUUUAGAUGCAUGUGAGAGAAUGGCAGAUAAUUACAGUAAAGAUCAAGGCCAUCAGCGCUAA